AUGCCUUUAAUUGUAAUGAGUGGUCCACCAUCAAGUGGAAAGACUACAAGAGCAAAUGAUAUAGCUAAACACUUUUUAGAGAUGGGUAAAAAGGUGAUCAUUAUAAACGAAGAAUCAUGUCUCAUCAAUAAGAAUCAAGGUUAUAAAGACUCUGUAUCAGAAAAGAUGACAAGAGGAACAUUAAAGGCAGCAGUUGAAAGAAGUUUGGCAAAGGAUACUGUUGUCAUUUCCGACUCACUCAAUUAUAUUAAAGGGUAUCGCUACGAGUUGUAUUGUAUUGCAAGAGCUGCUGGUACAAGAUUACUACUCGUAUACUGUGAUACCCCAAGAGAUCAAGCUAAACAAUGGAAUACUGAACGUGACGCAACCAUAUCUUUUACUGAUGAAUUAGCAGAAGAAUUAACAAAUAGAUUUGAAACACCAAACCCAAAGAAUAGAUGGGACUCUCCUUUAUUUACACUUGAACCACAUCAUCAAUUACCUUUUGAAUUAUUACAUAAAACAUUAUUUGAAGUACAAGAAUUGAAACCAAAUUUUGCAACUCAAAGUCAAAAUGUAUCACCAACCAAUUUUGUAAAUCAAUUGGAUUCAGUAACACAAGAAGUUUGUAAUGUUGUAAUCGAUGCAUUACAAUCAUCUUUAGUAGGCGAUGCCAUUAAAGUACCAGGCACUGAAAAGAGAGUUAUGAUUAGUAGUAAAAUGAGUGUUGGUGAACUCCGUAACCAAAGAAGACAAUACUUUAAAUUGGCUCAACUUCAUCCUCCUCUUCCACACCAAAUCGCUGAUUAUUUUGUUGAUUUCUUAAAUUCUCAACAAUAA